AUGUAUGAAACGGAAGUUCAGCCGUUGCAUCCAUUCGAUUACAUCGUGUUUAUCAGUGUCCUGGUCUUCGUAACAUGCCAGGGUCUGUGGCAUGGAUUCCGCAAAGGUGGUCAGAAGUCAACUAGCGAGUUUCUCGUCACUGGUCGUACCAUGAAGGCUUUACCAGUCUCUAUGUCUUUGCUGGUAACUUUCAUGUCCGCCAUUAGUUUACUUGGUACGCCUGCAGAAGUUUACGUAUAUGGUUUUGGUUACGCGGCUUACGUUCUUGGAUUCUUUUGGGUGUAUCCGUUGACCGCAUAUUUCUUUGUGCCAGUGUUCUACGCUUUGCCGUUAACAAGUGUCUAUGAGUAUAUGGAGUGGAGGUAUAAUUACUGGAAUCGACUGUUUUCAUCAAUUCUCUAUUUUAUCAUGACGGCUUUCUACAUGGCCAUUGUGAUGAUAGGACCGGCCCUGGCUUUCGAAGCAGUGAAUGGCGUUGAAGCAUGGAAGUCAGUUCUUAUUACUGGACUUAUUUGUACAUUCUACACUUCCUUGGGAGGGAUGAAGGCUGUUAUUUGGACAGAUGUAUUUCUGUUCGGAGUAGUCUUGGUUACUAUGAUCCUUGUCAGCGUGCUGGGCACCAUAGAAGCUGGAGGCAUCGAUUUUGUGUGGGAGUUUAACAUUGAUGCAGGGAGAAUGAACAUAUUUUACUUUCCUGUUGACUUGACGGAGCGAGUGACAUUCCUGAAUGCGUUCAUCGGUGGCGGAAUGAACUUUCUGGCAUUGCUAAUCAGUCAGACCGGAAUACAGAGAUUCAUCUCCACGGUUACUGUCAAAGAGUCUAAAAGGGCUGUGAUGUAUAAUUUACCAAUGCAAUGGGUCUUCCAGCCUCUUCUGUACAGUGCGGGCGCCGUCACAUAUGCAUAUUACAACAAUAUUUUCACCAGACUAGAACCAGCGUACAACGCUACUUUCCCACCAAAUAUUAAUGUGACGGAUAUGUAUGAUAUAUGGGGAGUCGAACCGAAAUAUGAGCCAACCUACACCAGUUCAGACCAGAUUUUGGUAUAUUUCGUAAAUGAAUUAUUUGGACAUAUCGCGGGCUUCCAGGGACUGUUCAUCGCAUGCAUAUUUGCUGGCACUCUGAGUACAAUGUCAUCAAGUCUCAACGCCAUGGCUGCCGUUACUUUGCAAGAUUACGUAAAACCAUGGAGAAAGUGGAGAGCACGAAAAACAGGACAGAUGUAUGAAAAUGAUAAGAUCGAUACCAUAGUCUCAAAGUUGCUCACUUUCUUCUACGGGAUAAUUGGUAUAUUUUUAGCGAUCUUGGCAGCUAACAUGGAAUCGUUGGUAACAGUGAGUAACGCUGUCUUCGGUACAUCAGGAGGUCCGAUGACCGGUGCAUUUGUCAUGGGUUUGCUCUACAAAAGAUCAACUAAAUGGGGUGUACUAGCCGGUAUGAUUAUAGGUUUCUCUAUGGGGUGUUGGGUUGCUAUCGGUGCUAUAAUAUACUCUGACUGUCUGGAUGAAGUGCUUCCGAUUUACUCGUUAUCAUUUAUGUGGUACAGCACGUGGAGCUGCUUAGUCACCUUGGUGGUCGGCGUGUUGUUUAGUGAAAUAAACAGAUGCUUCUCUAAAGAAGAAAGACAGUUAUCGAAGGAAAUCGACCCUGCGUUACUUGCAACGUUCCGCAGACCCAAAGACUGGAUGCUUAACUCACGCUAUGUUACGCACGAUGUCGAAAAAGACGAGGACAUCCUGAUCAUAGAAGGCGACCUACACCAUUUACACAACGAGCCUAGUUCGACCAGUUUGGCGGCUAUGGUAACUAACGAGAAAGGUAUGGGAAACGGGGCGCACGAGAUGGAAAUACGUUACAGGGAAACCGAGUCACUGGAAAGUUUUGACGGUAUUGUAACGACGGGGACAAUGAAUGACGGCACUGAAUUCACAAGAUUUUAG